GUGGGACAGAAUAGGGCGGGUUCUGAGUGUGAUUGACAGUUUUGCGCCGUCAAUGACAGGGCGGAGUCGGUUUGACUGACAGCUGUGAUGCAUAUGAAAGGGGCGGUGCCUGGUUGACGGACGGCAGAGGGUAAGAACAGGCGCGACCGUGGAGGCCGGUUCGCCCGAAUCCUGGGGCCGUCAUUCCUCCAGCCUCACCGUGAUGAGAGAUGCCUCAGCCCUCUUCACUCCGCCCCCCUCAUCACAGCCACCUCCUUCCUACUCCCCUGACCCCAAGACCUACCCGCCGUCCCCUGCCUGCCUCAGCCCGCCCUGCACCGAGGGACCCCAGUCAGGAGCGGAUAGCCCCCAGCGGGGUCAGGACCAGCGAGCUGCCUCCUGCCAGCCGCCAGCCUCCGGCUAAGCCUCGCCCUCUGCCCCCGGGGCCUGGCCCGCUGGAUCAGCGGGGGAGGAGGCUGGAGAUAAAGAGUCGGGGGCCUCGGGCUCAAGUGCAGCCCGUCCUCUCCAGCUCCUCCACAAAGCGUGCCCCCAUCCGGGCUGAUCACUCGCUGGGGAUGAAAGUUGCCCUGCUACCCAACCCACCUUCCUCCACCUCUUCCUCCUCCCCUUCCUCCUCUCCCUCCUCCUCUCCCUCUGCCUCGCCCCCUGCCCAGCCCUUGCCCGGCUGUUCCCGGGACCGCUGGGGUGUGCGGGAGUGCCUGCGCAGCCUGCCUCGCCCUGAGCUCCGCCGCUCACCCUCUCUGGGGCGGUUGGAGAUUUUGGAGCGGGUCUCCAGUCCUGAGCUCCGCCGCUCGCCCUCCUUGGGGCGGUUGGAGAUUUCGGAGCGGGUCUCCAGUCCUGAGCUCCGCCGCUCGCCCUCCCUAGGGCGGCUGGAGACCCAGGAGCGGGCGCCCGUCCUGCGGCGCAGUUCCUCUCUGCGGGGGCUGCGUGGAGAUCCUGAGGCGAGGCCAGCUGGGGUGAUGGUGGGGGGAGGAGGAGGGGGAUCAAUCGGGCCUGGGCUGACGGACCUGCUCCCUGGCACUUCCCGGACUUCCAGCAGCUCAGCGGCACCCUCUCAUGGCCGACAGACCCACCCCAGCCAGGAGCAACAGCACAGGAACCAGAGGGAUAUGAUCAUCUCCAUCGGCAAUGGUCAAAUUGGACUUAGGAACCUUGGAAAUACGUGUUUCAUGAAUGCUAUUCUCCAGUGUCUGAGCAACACCAGGGAACUGCGGGAGUACUGCAUCCAGAAGGAGUAUCGGCUGGAUGUAAAUGGAUUGGGAAAGAAACAUUGUGAACUGAUGGAUGCCUUUGCCGAUCUGAUUGCUGCUCUUUGGGACCCCAUAAGCUCAGGUUCUGUCAGUCCAUUGCGCUUCCUCCAGACAUUCCAGAGAUUCGUUCCACACUUCAUUGGAUACAGCCAGCAGGAUGCUCAGGAGUUCCUUCGCUUCCUCAUGGACUGGCUCCACAUGGAGAUCAAUCGGAAAUCCCGCAAAGCUCCCAGCAUCAUGUCAGUGUCUGGGAUACGGGGCUUCACUGGAAGUGUGGAGCGAAUGCGUGACGAUGAGAAAUCAAUCCACAUGUGGAAGCGAUACCUGGAGCGAGAUGACAGCAAAAUCGUAGAUCUCUUUGUGGGACAGUUGAACAGCACCCUCAGGUGUACAUCAUGUGGCUAUCAAUCCAGCACCUUCGAGGUGUUUUGUGAUCUCUCACUGCCCAUUCCCAAGAGGAUGUCGAUCUCAAGUCGGGUGCCACUGGACGAGUGCCUCAGCCUCUUCACCGCAGAAGAGGAGCUGGAUACGGAGAAUGCUCCGAUGUGUGAAAUGUGUAAGCAGAGGAAGAGAAGCACUAAGAAGUUAACAAUCCAGAGAUUCCCCAAGAUACUUGUUCUACAUCUGAAUCGAUUUGCUUUCAGUCGCUAUGCGAUUAAAAAAUGCACCACCUUUGUGGACUUCCCGUUGUACGGGCUAAGCUUGCGACACUGUGCUGCAGAGAGAGCAGGUAACAGUGUCUACGACCUCUAUGCGGUAUGUAACCACAUCGGUACUGUAAACGGAGGGCACUACACUGCCUACUGCAAGUCUGCUGGCAAGUGGCACGUCUACAAUGACUCCAGGGUCUCUCUCAUUCAGGACAACCAGGUUGUCUCCAGUGAGGCUUACCUGCUGUUCUACGAGUUGGAUCAAGGUGUGCCAUCACGGUGAGAUUCGAAGAGGAUGUCGGUUAAGCUGGGUCAUCUCAAGGCACCUUCCACCUUGCCGACACGCCGGAGAUUUAACCAGAGGCAGAGAGAGAGAGAAGAGCAGAUUAAAGUAAUGGCUUUGGGCAGUAGCUGUCUUUGCCUGGUCUGCCUGGGGCUGGGACGGGGAGGGUGGGGUGGGAAUGGAUCAUGGCCAGGAUAGGGAGAGCAAUCACAAAGAUCCCAGGUUGCAUCCCCAUCAGCUUACUGACCCCUGGCCUCAAUCAUCUCCCGCUGACCCCCUGAUUCUGCCCAAUCCCUGUCUGCGGUCACUGAUCUAUAACCCUGACCCUGGUUACUAACCUCUCCCCAGUCACUGACCCCUGAUUCUGGUCACUGAUCCCUGUGUUGAACUGACUUGGGGGCUUUUUAUCUCCCUCAUGAUCAUCUGAUGACAGUUUUUCUCAUCCCCUCCCCCCUCCCCUCUCUCACUCCGUCUAUCCCCUCUCUCUUGAUCUCACUAUCUCUCCAAAAUUUCUUCAUCCCUCUUACUCUUCCACAUCCUCGGUGGUGAAAGCAAAAGGGCUUCAAGAACUAAGAGAGAGAUUGUGAGGAGUCCCCAGGGCAGCAACUGGGCACAGCCACCCUCAGCUAGUCCAUCCUCCCAUGCUGAGGUCACAUGUAAACUGCAUAACUUCAGUUCCAUCUCCUCCUCAGCCUCUACCUUUGCCCCCCUCUCUCCACAUCACCCUCACUGUUUACUGUAAAUAUGUAAAUACAAAUGGUCGACUGUAAAUCUUGUGACAGUAUCAAGCUGUACAGAAAGAUACUACCUGUGCACACAAAAUAAAAUAUUUUCCAGU